GUUAAAAACAAGAAAAAGGGAAAGAAAGCAGGGCCUCCUGGGCCCAAUGGCCCCCCAGGACCUCCAGGACCGCCAGGACCCCAGGGACCCCCAGGGAUUCCAGGAAUUCCAGGGAUUCCAGGAACAACUGUUAUGGGACCACCCGGUCCUCCUGGUCCUCCAGGUCCUCAAGGACCUCCUGGCCUCCAGGGACCUUCUGGUGCUGCUGAUAAAGCUGGAACUCGAGAAAACCAGCCAGCUGUGGUGCAUCUACAAGGUCAAGGGUCAGCGAUUCAAGUCAAGAAUGGUGGAGUGCUCAAUGACUGGUCUCGCAUCACUAUGAACCCCAAGGUGUUUAAACUACACCCCCGCAGUGGGGAGCUGGAGGUACUGGUGGACGGCACCUACUUCAUCUAUAGUCAGGUAUACUACAUCAACUUCACUGACUUUGCCAGCUAUGAGGUCGUGGUGGAUGAGAAGCCCUUCCUGCAGUGUACUCGCAGCAUCGAGACAGGCAAGACCAACUACAACACUUGCUAUACUGCAGGUGUUUGCCUCCUCAAGGCCCGGCAGAAGAUUGCCGUGAAGAUGGUGCACGCUGACAUCUCUAUCAACAUGAGCAAGCACACCACCUUCUUUGGGGCCAUCAGGCUGGGCGAAGCUCCUGCAUCCUAGAUUCCCCCCAUUUGGUUCAUGCCCAUGACCCUGCCCCAGAUUUGGGAGCCGGGACUCCCAGAACCUCUAAGUGCUGCUGUGGAGUGAGGUAUAUUGGUUGCAGCUACAGAGAGAACUGCCCCAGUGCUAUUUAUUCCCCAGUGACUCCAGGAUGACGAGGCCUGCUUGACUUUCCAAAAUGACCUUGAAUUAACAGGACAGUUGAUGGAGUUCCAGGGUUUACAUGAAUCAGAACAUUCUUUAGCUCUCUGUUGACUGGCUUAUAGCAUGACUCUUCAACCCUGAGGUCCCUGUUGUCAGAUUGAUCAUUUGUUGCACUAAAAUGAGGAUUCAGGGCUUGUAUGCCUCAGGCUCUGGGGGUGAAUAUCUGACCCCAAAGGGACUGCUGCUCCCCCUUUGGGUGAGAGUGAGGUAGUUGGGGGAAGGAAGCAUCACGGCCUAAGGAGAGGGCCAGUGAGGGAAAGGCAGGUUCUUGUGGUAAUGACAGGAGGAGAAACCUGCCAAGUGGGCACCUUAGCAGUGGAAGCCUUCUUGCUGCUUGGCACUAUGGCCUUCAGAGGGUCAGAGUACACUUCUCAUUCAGGCUGAGAGCCACUCUGUGACUUGUUGGGCUUUAGUGAUGGGAAGUUUACUCUACCUUGGAAUGAUCACAGGGAAUGGCCACAAUCAUGCUUGCAUGAGAUCCUGAAUCUGUACUUGGGGCCACAUUUCUCUCACUUUGUUUACAGCUGUGCCCUAGGGUCUCCCUCUCAAUUGCCCUCUUUUCCCAGCCUGAUGAUAACUUUAUCUUCUUUCUCCACAGAGCCUACCUCUGUCUGAGACAGGUGCCUAACUUGGGAUCUAUGCUCAUGUAGGUCUGAAAUAUUCUUUAGAUUACCUGGGCACAAAGACUUUUCCAUAUAUUAAGCAAUACAAAUAUUACUCAUCUAAUCUUAAUUGAAUUGUGUCUAGGGUCAAAGAGUUGGAACAGAUGACCUCUUAAAGUCCCUUCUAGUUCUAAUAUUUGCAACUCUAACAGGCAACCACUAUGAUAGCCUUCUAAAUUCCCAAUCCUUAGACUAUCCCUGGGCAUUAGCAAGGCAGAGCUUUUCUACCUGGCCUGGGAGGGGCAAGAGGUGGGGACAAAACAUAGGGAUUUUGUUCAAGUGGUCUUUAGGCCAGGCCUUAUCUAAAAGGACAGCAGUUUAUGCCUUACUGACACAGUCUUUAUUCACUUUGAUUUCAGAAACCAUAGCCAAUCUUAGUCACCACAGAUGCCCAUGCUGCUUCCCUGAAGCCAAGCUCAGGAGAAGUCAAUAUCUAAGGUAUUGAGUGGAGGUCUGCCCAUAGUUUAGGUCCAAAAGAAUCAUCCCUACAACCCCAGGCUUCCCACUGGAUCAUAUGAUAGGUCCACUCAAGAGUCUUAUUUCUAACUGCCUGGGCCCAGCCGGGUUUCUAGGUAGGAGAGCUAGCUUUAUAAAGUUAACUCCUCUAGUUUUUGAAACCUAUUUUCUUCUGAAGAGAUACAGAAUAAGUUCCUUCAUGCAGCUGAAAUCUACCAAGAACAAGUUCUUAUAUCUCAGCUGUGUCUUUCCUUUCUAAGAAGCCACACUUAUUGGCCCUUCAAGGAUCAGGGCAAGACGUAGUGGGCUAGCCUUCCAUUUUCUAGUUGCUGAUGACAGCCUUGCAACCCAAAGUGAGGCAAACUUUAGGCAUGUGUCUGACCCCAAUUACCAUAAAGUGCCUUGGAUAUCUGUGUUAUAGCAGAAAUCAAUGAGAACCUCUCCUUAAAGUUUCUAAAGUGCUGUCUCUUUUAUCCUGUGAAGAAGGUAGAACAGAUAACAAAUGCCAUUGUUUAGCUGAGGCUCAUAGAGCCUAAGUUCUUUGACCAAGAGCUCACCAAAUUUAAGUCACAGACAGACUUCAGCCAGGUCUAACUCCAAAGCUUUUCCACUACCCCCACAGCAUUGUGUGGAAUUUGAGGUAUAGAGAGAACUAUAGAAGUGCUAAUAUGUAACCAAAAUUUUUGAGGGUCUUAGAGAAAAACCCAGAGACAUCUAUUUGCAUUCUUUUAUGGUAAUGCCUGUCCUCUUGGCUGCCAGUAUUCUGCAACAAAAAAGUUGGCCUUUUCUGUGGGAAACAGCAAUCGCCCAAAGAGUUCUUGUGUUCCAAAGAAUCUCCCUGCCACCUUGUCCAAGCAGCAGGCCUUCAGGACCCAGAAAACUGGUAGCCCUCAAGUUAUGUCACCCACCCAAUGAACCAAACAAUCAUCAUGUGUGAAGUCUCUACUGUGGACAAGGUCCUCCUUCUUUCACCCCACAGAAAAUUUAGGAGCCAACCUGCUUCUCAGAGCUACUGCUGCCUUUUUUUUUUUUUUUUAAGUUUUUGCCAUAAGGCACAUAAUGUUCACCAGAGA